AUGGCCCUCCGCCCACCCCCUCCAGGCGCAUUCCGCCCCCUCCUCCGCCCGAAAGCCACGCCGCGCCUCCCCACCACCACCACCACCACCACGACGACGCCUCACCUCCCCCUCCUCGCCCGGCGCACGCUCAUCGCCGCGCCCAAGCCCAACUCCGGCCCGCUCAUGACGCGCCGCGCCGACCGCGCCCUGCCCUCCGUCUCCUCAACACACUCAUCCACGCGGCGAUGGCUGCUGACGCUCCCGGCGUUCGGGCUGGUCCUCGCGGGCGCGACGGCGGCCAUCUUCAACUACCAGAAGCAGUCGAGCUCGGUGGUGGAGGCGACGCUGUACGCGCUGCGGACGCACCCGGACGCGCGCGCCGCGCUGGGCGGCGAGAUACGCUUCGCGUCGGCGGUGCCGUGGAUCGCGGGCACGAUCGACCAGCUGCACGGGCGGAUCGACGUGCGGUAUGGGGUGAGGGGGAGGGAGGGGAAGGGGGUGAUGAGGUUUAGGAGCGAGAGGAGGGGGAGGAUGGGAUUUUUCGAGACUCUGGAAUGGAGUCUGACGACCGACGACGGCAAGACCAUUCAGCUGCUCGACCAGAACGGACCCGAUCCGUUCAGACGGGUCGCAGGGGAUGACGAGGACUAG